GGCCCAUGCACAAUUUAGCGUUUCCAUAUCGAACCUCCAUCAAGAAUUGACCUCACCAGUGCGCUGAAUCCCAAUUGUAAGCAAUUGGUACAUUUCAAAAUGUCGAAUACCGAGCAAAGGCCAUUCGUGCCUUCAAAGAAAAUCAAUACCGAGUAUCCUCUCAUCGACAGUGACCCACAUAUUAAACGAGUACUUGGCUAUGCAAGACCGUCGGACUAUGCGGUUGGAGCCGCGACGGCUACCGCAGGACCGGGUCUGAUGUUAUUGUGGGAACGAAUUUCACCUUCACUCGUUGGAAAAGGAGGAUUUGCUCCAAUCAUGCGAUUAUCUGGAGUUAUUGGUGCUGGAGCUGGUUUCUUCAUGUUUUACCAACGUUCUAUACUGCGGUUCUACGGUUUCACGGAGAACAAGCGUGAACAAGAAAUGGAUAUGAGAGAAAUGGUGAACAAAGUUAAGAAGGGAGAGUCUUUAUAUGGCGAAAGCUCAACUACACCAUAUAUUCAAGGAGUUGCAUCGAGGAACUCGAGAUAUGCAGGAGUUUGGAUGCAUGUUAUGCCUUGGUUUAACAUGGUAAACCACAACCAGCAUGGAGUUGAUACAGCCAAGUACUACCAACAAGCCGAGAGGGAGUUGGAAGCCGAGAGUUCGGGAAAGAAACUGUCAAACUAGAAGUGCGAGUGGUGAUGAAGCGGCGCUUAUGGAAAAUAUGUUUUGGAGGUGAAAUCGAACAAAUCGAAAAGAAUGAUUGUAGAUAGGGAUACUGAAAUGAUGCGCUUAACUUUUCGGCCGUA